AACUGGGCUCAAGCUGGUUGUCACCAGCUGUGUCUCGCUGUUUAGCUGGUCUUCUCUGAGGAAAUUCUCAGUUUCCAUGUGAUGUUUCUGGCCUUUGUGAUCUUAGCAACGGCAGAGGCAGAGCCGCCAUGGUUGGGGCGCUUUCGGAAGGAGUCCACUCUCCCCUCCGCUGGGUCUCUCGCCGUGCCUAGCGAGACAGGGUUGGACCUGGCAGAACUUGUUCAGAAGGAGAGCGACCUUUGGCAGCUCCCAGAGCUCCCAGAGGUGCAGAAGCGAUUGGACUUCGAUGGUGCUCAACUGAACACCUGCAAUCUGGAAGAGGCUGACGCGUUCUGGGAGACGCACCCCUUCCGGAAGACCACGAAGACGCGGCAACAGAUUCAGGCCAUGCGGGCGAUCAAGGAGUUCAAGCGGCUGCUGCCCCACUUGCCCUUGAUCCUGGUGGGCGACUCGCUACUGGGCUGGAGGCGUGGUUGCUUCCUCUCUCCUCGCGCCAAUCGUCCGGUGGAAGUGGCGACCUUUGGAAGUUGGGUGGACGACUACGGCCUGGACAAUUUGGAGGAGGCCUUGCAGGCUGAGGGCCAUCAACUGGACCAGUCUGAAUGCUUGCAGGGUCCGCUGAUGGCUGGCUGUAGGCUCCGUGCAAAGCUGAAGGAUUCCUCGAGUGGCGCCACUGCCACCAUCCGCCUGGGCAUGUUGCUGUCGCCGCCACCGGUGGCCCAACAUCCAGGACUCUUUCCUCGUUGCCUCGCGGCGUGCGGCGACAGCUGUGAGCGCUGUGUUCUGGCGUGGGCGGUGGAGGCCCCUGGAGGCCGGUUCUUUGCUUGCCCCUUGCCUUUGGCUGGUUUCAAGGUCGCGACCUGGAUGAAUGAGAGCUUUUGGAUGCCCAAAGAUGUGGAUCUCUAUUUGGAGUUUGAGUAUGGCCGCAACUGGCCGGAGCCUGGUGACUUCGCCCAGGGCCCACUCGCGUCAUGUGAGCCCGCCCAGUCUGCUGGAUUCAGCUUCUCGAAGUACCCGACCUUCAUCUCCUCGUUGCCGCAGCGCAAAGAGCUGAUCCGUCUGGAGCAGGCCAUCGGCCGGACGCAUGCGGCUCAAGUGAUGGAGACCUACGAGGCUGAGCGACACUUGUGGCAACGGUUCUUUGAUACAAGGAGCAUGGCCUGGCCCUUGCGCCACAGCCGCCCUAUGACGAAAAACAAACGCCACCUUGGCCACCAGCGGCCUAGCACGGAGGGCAGCUGGAGUGUGGUGGUAGUCAUCCUUCUUCUCUUCCUUGUGGCCUUCCUCGUGCGCCACUCCAGCCGCUGGCGAAACCUGUUCCGCAAAGCACUGGCCGUUCCACGGAGCGCACCGUGGCGCAGCGCCAACUUGCGCUGGGCGUUGGAGGUCAAUAGUGUUGAAGUGAUCUUAUUGGAGUCCUACGUCUUCUUGUCCGUGGCUCGCAUCUCCUUUCAGAGUGCGGGGAGUUCGUCGGGAAGUCCGUGGAGCCAUGCGCUGGCUGCAUCAAUGAUUCAAGCAGGAGUGGCCCUAGGGCUCCUGGCUUUACUGCCCGGCAGCGAUCUGCCGUGGGAGUCCCUCCACAAGCCGUGCCCGAAGAGCUUUGGACCGAUAUGGUUUUGGACACUUUUGGCAGGAGCCUUGCAGUCUGCCAGCUUGUGGCUGUCCUUUGUCAGCUUGACUUCUUUGGACUCUCUUUCAUACGCGCUGUUCUGGAGCAAUGAGGCCUUCCUGACCCACUUGCUGCCCACCCGUGCCCGCGGACUGUGUCUCCUCGCCGCUGCAGCCAGCGCCCUGGGCACCGCGGCCACCGCACCUGCCGCGGCCGCCCUGGGAGCUGCUGCACUCGGUGCGCUGGGCGACGCGGCGUCCGAGGCGGCGGCCGGGCCGAGGAACCAGCUCCUCCGGACUUGCCAGCAUUGUCAGGGCUUUGCAGUGCUUCUGGCAGUUGUGAUGCUGUGGAAGGGCGAGGUUUUCCCCGCAAACUACUGGGCCAGCUUCUUGGAGUCCAGGUCUUUGCCAGCCUGCGUGGCAUGCCUUUGCAUCUUGAACCUUGGAAAGCCAUACUUCACCCAAAAGGUGUCUCCAACUCUGUUGGCUUUGGGCACCAGCAUCACAAUCAUUGCCAUCGCCAUUUUGCAGAGGUGCAGUGGAGCCCUGGCAAAGCCUACUUGGCAGGAAGUUGCUCAGGUGAUUCUUAGCCUGGUGGCAGCUGGGCUGCAUGCCCUGGACCUGGCGCAGGCACCUGCCAAGGCCAAGGUGGUCAAAGCGCCCAAAACGAUGACGCCAAGCAGCAAGGCGGCUGUUGCCAGGCCCAAAGCCAAGAGCAUCCUCGAGCCGAGGGUCAUGAAGAGGCCGCCCUUUCCAUUGCCCCCUCGGAAAUGGACCUCUACGACUUCCAGUGAGGUGGGGAGCACCAUGGCCAGCAGUGGCCACAGUGACGCGGCUGACUCGGAGGGCGAUGGCAUUUGAGCUUAUGCGCGUUCCCAGCGGAA